CGACUGUUCUUCGACAGGGUUCCAGACUCCGGGUUCCUUAUCCGAUGGUUCCUUAUCCAAUGAUUCCGCCGUCCGUAGCCAUUUUGGCUCAAGCCGUUCCCUGUUCUGCUUGCUCUCGUUUUGGGCCCCGCGGGAGGCCGCAGAGUUCGGGCGCUUGGGGAGAUGGCUACGGUCGGCUGCCAAGCUGCCCCUGUGGCGGCCGAGCAGCCUCGGCAGGCGGGAGGGGCCGCGGCUUCUCUCUGGCCUGCGCGCCGCGCCCGCCAGUGCGCUGCGCGCAGUGCCGCCCACGGGAAGCUGGCGGCUGCCUUGGCGAGAGUCGCCACGCUCGAGGCCGAGCUCGCCGACUGCCGCGCGGUGCGCGGGGAGGCGGCGGCGCAGGCCGUGCGGAUCGCGGCUCUUCCGCUCGGCAGCCAGCAGGUCCCCGACGACGUCCUGGUCCAGGAGCUCGCUACGCGGCUGGCCCUGGCCGUGCCUGUGCUGAUGGACAUGCUCGCCGACCGCCGCGCAGCUGCAGUUGGCGCCGCUGUCCCUCGCGCUGCCCCCACCGCGCCGCCCCCCUGUGGCGGCAGCAGCGGGACGCAGUGUGGCACGCUCGGCGCGGACAUCAGCGACGAGCUUGCAUCGUCGCUCACCGUUGAUGGGGCCGCUUCCUCGGGAGCAUGCAGGCGCGCUCCGCCGCUGGCCACCGCCAGGCGGAAUGCUGGCAUGCAUUGCGCUUCGAGGAGGGGCGCAUCAAUUGCGAAGAUGAGGCUGACAUCGCUCAACCGGCUGCAGCGUAGCGGUCCAGGUUGUCGGCCUCGGCAAGGACGCGGUGCUGGUGGUAGUGGUCGUGCUGCUCUUCCUCAGCUUCGCCCUGCAGGUGCAGUGGUUCCACACCGCCGCGUGCCUGCCCAGCGCUCGGCGGCCGAGGGAGUGGCGACGGGCUGGUGUGUGGCUCGCAGGCGCGGGCGCAGCCUGCCCGCUGGCGCGUCCUUCGCGCUCGCCGAGCUCGUGCGCAGCGCGAGUCAUCACACUGCGGCCCCGCUGGCUUCAGGGCCGCUUUGGUGGCACGCUGGCGUCGAGGGAUUGGAUGACUCGGCCUUGGCAAGGCCUGAGAGCAGCGGCGGCUUCGGCGAGCACCCUGCCCCUCGGCCUUCUGAAGGUGGUGCUGUUCAUCCUCAUCGCCUCCCUGAUCCUGGUGCGGCGUGCAGCACUGCCUGCACCUCCUCGCCUGCUGCUUUCGCGGACCCCUCGAUCGUCACGGCGUACUUGCUGGCCAACGAGUCUGCCGUCCUCAGCGGUGGCAGCGAGAUUGCCGCUGGCGACAUCGACGGCGAGUUCAGCAUGCAGGAGGUCGGCUCCCGCAACCAGGACGGCGACAGGUCCUUGGCCUCGGAUGCCGUGGCGCACGGCGGCUUCGACCUCUCCCCGCACCUCGGCACGGACGACGGCGUGGAGGCGGCUGAGCCCCAGCGCAACGGCGGCAGGAGCCUGGACGACGACGCCCUCCUCACUUCGCCUCCCUCGGGCUCCUGCUCCUGCUCUGGCGGCGGGGGAAUCGAUGAGGAGGACGGCGAGGGCGGCGUCGGUGACGGCUGCACGCUCCGCUCGGAUUCGGUGGCGCGCCAGGGGCCCGCGCGUGGGCCCAAGCGGCUCCUGGCUUUGCGCCGCCACGUCUUCGCGGGAUUCGUGGCCCUCACGGUCGACCGCGACAUUCGGAGGCCGGGCUGGCAGGGCGCAGGCGGCGACGACGCUCCUCCAGCUCCCUCAGCCUCCGAGCGAGAAGCGGGGCGCCUCUGGCUCCGCGACACGUUCGGGCCUGGCUCCCCGUGGAGGACGUGGGCCAGGCAGGAGCGGCGGCGGAGGCGCGAGGCUCAGCUCCAGCAGUAGGCGGCGGUCGCAGUGUUCUCUCUGGCGAGCGUGCUCUGCGGUGCAGUCAGCCUCGCUUGCCUGGCUUGACGGCAUCUGAAUUUGUCUGUGCAUGAUAAGCCCCAGGGUGAUUGGAUAAAAAAUUAAAAAAAAUGAUUCCGCCGUCCGCGCCGCAGGGCCGCCCCGCGUGCCCGCCGCGGCUCCGACGCUGGCGGCGAUGGUGCGCUUCCCGCCUGCGCCCUCCGCGCGGCCGCUGGGUGGCGCCGUCGCUCGCGGGGCCCGUCAUCCAGUUCGCGGCGAGUUGGAUCAUGCGUGGCAUGCAGGGGCUGCCGCUGAGCGUGGCCGCGAGGAGGCGUCGUCCACAUCGCCGUGGUGGCCGCAGGGCUCGCGGGCCGCCGGCGCGGCCGCGCGGGCGCGCCGUGGAGCGGCAGGGGUCAUCCUAGCCGGCCAGAUCACUGGGCGGAUCGCCGGCGCCGGCGCUGCAGGUGGCCCCAGCCCGCGGCAUCGUCCUGGAGGUGAAGGGCGCGCUGCACCCUCAAGGCCUACGUGGGCUCCCUCGGCCUCGUCGACCCCGUCGGCAGGUUGGCCAAGCGUUGAGCUCACGCUGGUUCGGGGUGGCGUACCUUAAACCCCGGCCUUCCGAGGCGUGCCCCCGCCCGACGCUCAAUCGUCGGCGCGCGGGGGGCCCACGGUGGACGUUCCCGACCUGCCCCCGAUCCCAUUUUGGGGGAGGGGUGGCGAGGGCGGCCGUGGGGCGAAUUUGUGUGCAUGACCAAGGCCCAGGCUGAUAGGAUAAAAAGAAAAUGAUUCCGCCGUGCGAGACCGUGUAAGACGAAAAUGAGGAGG